GGAGGAGUCGUCAUUCCUGCUCUCGGAGCAAAGCAGGCAUCUUGUGUUCUGUCGCCUCCCCUUCGUCUUCUCCGUUUAGUCUCUCGCAGAGAGAUCUCCUUGCCGUGUGUCUCGCUCUCUCGUUCUCGCCAUGGAUGAGGAGUACGACGUGAUCGUCCUCGGGACCGGGCUCAAGGAGUGCAUCCUCAGCGGCCUCCUCUCCGUCGAUGGCCUCAAGGUUCUACACAUGGAUAGAAAUGAUUACUAUGGAGGAGAGUCAACCUCACUCAAUCUUGUCCAGCUCUGGAAAAGGUUCAGAGGUAGUGAUAAGCCUCCAGCACAUCUGGGAGCUAGUAGAGAUUACAAUGUUGAUAUGAUUCCAAAGUUUAUGAUGGCCAAUGGUAUUUUGGUUCGCACACUUAUACAUACUGAUGUCACGAAAUAUCUAUCUUUCAAAGCUGUGGAUGGUAGCUACGUCUUCAAUAAAGGAAAGAUCCACAAGGUUCCUGCCACUGACAUGGAGGCAUUGAGAUCUCCUUUAAUGGGCUUGUUUGAGAAGCGUCGAGCUCGAAAAUUCUUCAUCUAUGUGCAAGAUUAUGAUGAAAAUGACCCUAAGACGCAUGAAGGUUUGGACCUUACAAGAGUGACAACAAAAGAACUUAUCUCAAAAUAUGGUUUGGAUGACAACACAAUUGAUUUCAUUGGACACGCCUUGGCCCUUCAUAGAGAUGAUCGAUAUCUGUAUGAACCUGCACUUGAUACUGUGAAAAGGAUGAAGCUCUAUUCAGAAUCCUUAGCUCGUUUUCAAGGAGGCUCACCGUACAUAUAUCCUUUAUAUGGACUGGGAGAGUUACCGCAGGCUUUUGCUCGCCUUAGUGCUGUUUAUGGUGGGACAUACAUGUUGAACAAGCCAGAAUGCAAGGUUGAAUUUGAUAUGGAAGGAAAAGCUUGUGGUGUGACAUCAGAAGGGGAAACAGCUCGAUGCAAGAAAGUUGUAUGUGAUCCUUCCUACUUACCAAACAAGGUUAGGAAGGUGGGAAAGGUUGCAAGGGCAAUCGCCAUUAUGAGCCAUCCGAUCCCAAAUACAGAUGAGUCUCAUUCAGUGCAGGUUAUAUUGCCACAGAAGCAACUUGGACGCAAGUCUGACAUGUAUCUAUUCUGUUGUUCUUACUCUCAUAAUGUUGCCCCCAAAGGGAAGUUUAUUGCCUUUGUCUCCACAGAAGCUGAGACUGAUAGGCCAGACGUGGAGCUGAAGCCCGGGAUUGACCUACUUGGACCAGUAGAUGAGUUAUUUUUUGAGACUUAUGAUCGAUAUGAACCUGUCAAUGAACCUUCACUGGAUCAUUGCUUCAUCUCAGCCAGUUAUGAUGCAACAACCCACUUUGAAUCAACUGUCACCGACGUCCUUUCAAUGUAUACGAUGAUCACUGGAAAGACUGUUGAUCUCAGCGUGGAUCUGAGUGCUGCUAGUGCUGCUGAGGAAUGAGGGCCGCAACUUGUGCAUGAUAAUUUUUCUUGAUCGAGCUCUCACUAUGUUAUUUCACAAGACAAUUUGACGACCUGUGGCACUCAAAAAAAGAAAAAACAAGCGAAGCUGGGUUGGUUGUUUCAUUUUAUCAUGGGGACUUACAAAUGCUUUUCUAAAUAGUGAUAUAUUGAAUCAUUUGAAGUACUUAACAAUGGACCUUUGCUAUCAUCUCAUAUUGAUUCA